AUGUCCCAAGCGAAAAUGAUUAAGAACCAAUUUUACAUAGACUGGGACACCCCGAUCAAGCAGGGCGGUUCAAGUGAGAUCUUCCAAGGUAAAUCUACCAGAACGGCUGCUGGAAGUUCUUUGCUGAGAGCAAACCAAAAAGGCACGGACAUAUUCACGGACAAACCCGUCCUCAUCAAACGGGAGAGGCCGAAGCAAGGCUAUACACAAGAAUGCAAUUCACCCCUGACAAGAGAGUUCCACGUUUAUCAGUCAUUGCGGAAUCGACAUGGCUUCCCACGGGUAUACUGGUUCCUGGAGAUUACCGGCUACCGGCUUCUGGCUAUGGAGCGUCUGGGGCCUAACUUGGAGGAUUUUCUAAACAAACAUGGGCGCCGACUGAGCCCAAUAAUUGUCUCCUGGAUCGCAUGUAAACUUUUGAGGAGGGUUGAAUGCCUCCAUGAGCAGUCAUUUGUCCACUGCGACGUCAAGCCCCAAAAUUUUGUUUUGGAUUCCAUUGACAGUCCCCGGCAGAUCUACAUGAUUGACUUGGGUCUGGCAAGACGGUAUCGUGACUCUAAGAUGCUUUACGCCUUCUGGCCCACACAGAGUCCGCUUGGGACCCCCCAGUUUAUGAGUGUUCGCAGCCACUAUGGUUAUCCGCCCUCCCGUCGGGACGAUUUGGAGUCUCUGGGAUAUCUCCUGGUGUACCUUUUCCGAGGGACCUUGCCAUGGCAGGCUCUCGAUGCCUUGACUGAGGAGGAAAGGUUAGGGCAGAUACUCGAGUAA